UUUUCAAAAAUAAAUAAAUUUAAAAAAUAGCAAAGCCAAUUUCUUGCUAUUUUGAGUGUUUACAUUUGACAGAGGAAUUUACUCUGAUGAAUCGAUCUGAAAACCAAUCGGAGAGCAUAUCAGGUGGCUCUCUCUCUCUCUCUCUCACUCUCCCUCUCUCUCCUCCCCUCUCCCCCUAUCAGAGGAAGAUGGUCGCAGCCACAGCGCCUCCUGGACGCCGAGCAGCUCAGUCCCCGUCACUUACACACUCGCUGCGGGAACUUUGAAGUGGGCAUGGCGCGCUACGCCAGGUUCCUGCUCCUCCUGCUGUGUCUCAUCCUCAUCGGCGAAUGCAAGAGGCACAAAAGUCGGAAGAAGCGAUGGUCGACGCCGCCGACGGAGAUCCACAAGGUCGGCAACCCUCUUGCCAAAAAAGCUUCGGAUGGAACCAAAACCCGCAAGGUGAAGACCAGCCACCUUCUCCGAAUAGACGAACACGACUUCACCAUGAGGCCCGCGUUCGCAGGCCCUGCCGUCCCUGUCGGAGUAGAUGUCCAGGUGGAAAGCUUGGACAGCAUAUCGGAAGUCGACAUGGUAAGCUGUCUAGACGCGUCCCACCGGCACUGUAAUUGUAACAGCACUGUCAGGGCCGAAGGCCGCGACGGUCAUGUCCUGUACAGCCUCAGGGUUACAGUCACCGCAGCGUGCAACAUGGAUUUCAGCCGUUUCCCGUUGGACUCGCAGACGUGCACCUUGGAGCUGGAGAGCUAUGCUUACACGGACGAGGACCUGAUGCUCUAUUGGAAAAGUGGCGACGAGUCUCUGAGCACCGACGACAGGAUUUCUCUGUCACAGUUCCUCAUCCAGAAGUUUCACACAACCUCGAGACUUGCUUUCUACAGCAGCACAGGCUGGUAUAACCGUCUGUACAUCAACUUCACCCUGAGGCGACACAUCUUCUUCUUCCUGCUGCAGACAUACUUCCCUGCCACUCUGAUGGUCAUGCUGUCCUGGGUGUCCUUCUGGAUUGACCGCCGGGCUGUCCCCGCCAGAGUCUCACUGGGUAUUACCACAGUGCUCACCAUGUCCACCAUUAUCACUGGGGUCAAUGCCUCCAUGCCCAGGGUAUCCUACAUCAAAGCUGUGGAUAUUUACCUCUGGGUCAGUUUUGUGUUCGUCUUCUUGUCCGUGCUCGAGUACGCUGCGGUCAACUACCUGACCACGGUGAGGGACGGUAAAGAAAGAAAACUCAGGGAAAAAAACUCAGAGCAGCAGUCCCAGAACCUGCCCUGCACCUGCGGCAUGUCCCAUACCAGGACCAUGAUGCUGGAUGGUACCUACAGCGAAGCGGACAACAACAGCCUGGCAGGGUACACCCGUGCCUCCAUGAUGGCUGAGGACGCAUCGGAGAAGCAGGAACGGAUGGUGGUGCACCUCUCCUUAGACAACGAGUCGACGGGAACCAAGAAAAAAGGCCUGCGGGGUUUCAGGAUAAUCCAGAACACACACACCAUUGACACCUACUCUCGCAUGAUUUUCCCUGGUGCCUACAUCCUUUUUAAUCUGAUCUACUGGUGUGUUUACUGCUGAGUGUGCGGUCGCACUUCGACUGUAGCAGGGGAGGACAACAGGACCCUGUAAAUACAUUUUAUUGACGCGGGACAAAGAAGGAUAUUCCCAUACAAUGUGUUCAAAUGGAGCAGCACUUCGGGCAAGGGUGACGAACGAACACCAGAGUCUCCCGGACUGGACCGCAAACGUCCAAAGCGUCACAAAAUCAAAUGGGCCCCAGUGACGAUCAGCCUAAUGUGGUAGUUAACGGGGAAAUGUAUUUAAAGGGAGUUGUAUAGAUUUGAAUGCAUACAUUUUAAGCGCGAAGGAGCCAUCACAUACCCAAACAUUCAAUGACCACUGUAGGUGAGUUGCGAAAUAACAGCAGGAUGAUCUGUAUGCACGGAUGUUUAAAUAUGACGACACUUCACAUCAACGCCGCUAGCUAAAUAAAACUAAUUAUCAUGGCCCAUUAUUGUUGGGCUGGGUACUAUAUACAGUACAAUUCCCAAUCGUUUUGGAGCCAUGGCGCAUAUUUUAAAAACCAAAUACAAACGUCCCAAAAAAAAAAGUUUAAUUAAAUAUGAUGAUCUCCUAAUUUCAGUUUACUCAAUUUACUUACUCAGUGUUACGUCCUGGCCUGUUUAGUUAAACAAAACCCUGACAAACUCACAGGAAUGGAAGAUCUUCACCAGCUCCCUAUCUCUUUUUAGUUUUUGUAAUCUUCCGGACACUUAUCGGCAUUGUUUUAAAUUUAGUUUUUAAUUUUAAUAUGUCAUUGUUUUGCCUGUCAUUGUCGCACUGAGGAAAAAAGACUAAGUAUUUGCAGUAAAAAGUACAAAGUUUAGUUGAGCAUUCGGCCUUAGGUAUUGGAUCAGUGUUGGAUCCUGAAAUUUCAGCACAUAUCGUGCCGAUACCGAUCAUGAGUAUCGGAUCGAGACAUCACUAGUAGAAACUAGAGUGAAAGAGAAUGAAAGAUGAUUUGGGACGGAAUCAUAUUCACGAUAAAUAAAUCAGAAAAAUACCAACGAAAUGUGUAAGUAAUAGUGUAAGUACAUGCGUUAAUUACUAUUUUUGCUACGUAUAAGUCAUUUAUUAGCAUUAAACACCACCCUGUACCUCAACAGCAUCCAGCAAAACAUAACAACGUUAGUUAUGAAUCUAGUCACAAGUCAGUCGCAACUUUUUAAGACACGGAAUCGCCCACAGGAACUGAUUGAACGCACCAGUGACUCAUCACAUCAGUACAAGACGAUGUGCCACUGCCCUCACUGUGUUCCCGCAUCCACUCUAAUAGCUUGUGUCAGAUUGUGCACGUCGGCGACAUGCCAUCUGGAGCUACAUUUUUCUCCCGUAAGAAUAUUAAAAUUUCCACAACACAAAGAUCACCGCUAAGGAAGAAUUUCAGCUAAGCUACUUUUAAAGAUGCUCUGCUUCUCCGAGCCCAUCCUGCUGUGCACCCAACAUGUGCUUCCUCCUCUAGCUGCCAUCAAGUGAGUUCAAUUCCCCUCCACACCACAUCACACAUCACCCCUCCGCAGGAAACGAGCGACGUUGCUACGGUUCGGUGUUGUUUUCCUCUGGUCUUGUCUUGCUCAACUUAAUCAAGUCACAGCAGCUAGCCAGGACAGUGAUCUCGCAAAUAUAUAUUAGCCUCUCAAAGGAUCAGGUCUUGGAUGGACACACCCAGAGCACUCCUCUUGUUUGGCAGUGCUAGCUAACCCAACACCUGGCCGUUUUUUCAACUCUACUUUGAGCUCCUUCUGCAUGCCCAGAUGUAUCGGAAUUUGUGGAAGUCAAGCUAACUGAAUACAAACUUUAUUAACCAUUUAGAUGUUUGUUUUGAUCCUACCUAAUCGGAAUACUCAGCUGCAGAUUCAAACCCUUCUCUUUUGGACAAGUCCCUUGCACAACUGCCCAGUCCAGCGCUGCCUCGAUCAGGUUAUCUUUUUUUUUUUUUAGUAUUAAAAACUAUGUUACUAUAUUGUCAGCACACAGCAGUGUUUGCUGCGUAGGGUUCUUUGUCUUCUUCUUUGUUGUUGCGGAAUAUAUACAGCGAUAGAGGCUGAGCUAAGAUGGUCAACUCGGUUUUCCGAAAAACAAAUGCAGACAUUGCUCAUGUACUCGACUUCUGCCGCUGCCAGCAGUGCGAAGAUGAUCAAACCUUUUACAUCAGUCAAGCGGUGGUUUUGGGAGUAAGAGACAUCAAAGGCUCGGACUUGCUCUGAUGUAUUACUAUCUGAAGUUGGACCUCUUAGAUCCUCGCCGUCAUCGAUCUUUGGUGUUUUUCUUCCAAACAGUUCCUCCCCUUACGUUGCCCUCGAGAAGUUCCUCUGCACUGCUGCUCUCAUCAAACUGUCAACAUAACGAGAGGAGAUCAUUUGCUAUUGUCCGCGUAACCUUUGGAACUGACUGAGACACAUAGCUGAGCGUCUCGUAGGCACUACGCCAGCCACAUACCAGGCUCACUUGCCCGAGCGGCCGUCUGACCGCAGCGACAGCAUCACGCAGGAAGUGACAAAGUUCGGUGCCGCUCGCCUGUGCGUACUGAUUAUGACUCAUCUGUAUGGGUUUGAUGGCUUCCCUUAGGUAAAGUGUCCAUUUUUUAAUGUAUCUGCUUGCCUUCGUAUUCACUUAGUUACUUUGAUUUGAAUGGUCUUUGUUUGUUUUAUUACAGUCGUACAUCCAUGUGCCAUUCUAAACCUGUAAUUGGCAAAGACGCGGGAAACGAGAGACGGCUCCGAGCGUGCUGUACACUGUGCAGAGCUGUGUAUUUUAUAGUAUACGUUACAGUGAAUACCCAAGGAGUGUAGACAUGAAAAGCUUUAUAUGUGAUUUAAAUAAGUUGAACUGCCUUAAGUGAACAUUUCAUAAUAUCACCAAUAUGGCUGUAUUUUAUUUUUAUGUUUCUCUUUAAUAGGAAAACAGAACUUUCUACUUUUUUUUGUUUCCUUCUUUUCGAAUAUAAUCUGCAUGUAUUUGUCAGAGAUUUUUUUUUUCUUUAACCAAAAUCCUUCUCAUGCGGACUACCUAAUUUAUCUGGGUUUGGAUACAGCACUACCAGGAUAUAGACCAGGGUUGUCAAACAUACGGCCCGCGGACCAACUCUGGCCCGCUCGGGGUUUCAAUCUGGCCCGCUUAAUGAAUUUUGAAAAUAGACAAACACUUCAAGUUCAGGAAAUGUGUUGUAAGAUUAUAUUUCAUUAAAUAUGAAGAUUUAUCUUGUGUACUUUUUGCAUGAAAACAAAGGAGA